UUGAUCAGUUCGGACGCUAUUAUUAAAGCUGAGGGACACGACCCGCUAAGAAGUAAGAACAGAAGGAAACAUGGCCACCGCUAAUGGCACCGGAACCGGCGGCAGAGAUGCCCGGAGGAGGCGGAUCGUGGACAGGGGAUCCGACCGCUUGGCCCUCAUCACCGGCCGGAUCCAAACCCUACCGUCGCCUCCCCCCACUUCCCCGCCCGACGCCCCACCUCCCGACCAGCCUCAUCUCCCUGGCGGCUCUCACCACAGAGAAGAUAAACUUGCCGAGACUCUGUUACCAAAACUUGAGUCUGCUUUUGAUACCCCCGAGGCUUCGCUGUUGAAACAUGAUUCUAGUAGUGGAUACCCUAUUGAAGACACUUCAGAGGCUCCCGCUUUCGAGGGUCAGACAGGCACUGAUACCAGUGGAUUGCCUAAUGUGGAAGUGGGUCCGAAGUCUGAGACACCUUCCGCGAGUCUCAGUGCAUCUGCCCCUUCCUCAGGCAACGUGCAUCCGUCUAAUCUGCCAGCAAAUCUCCUGAAAUUUAUUAACCCGGGUCAAAUAAGUUCUGCAAUAGCAACUUCCACUAGUACACGCCUCCUAUGUUCUGUGAUAUGGGGACUUCUUGUGGUCUUAUCAAGCAUAGGCUUUCCAAUACUAGGCAGCUGGAUCAUCAGGAGCAUGCUGACGUUUCGGCCCCUAUAUCUUCUCCUGCUCACCAAUGUGACAAUCGUUGCCGCCUGUAUCAUGUCCCAUAAACAACCAGGUCAUGACAGGCCUACAAGAGAAGAAAACAGGAAUCCUUCAAACGAUGAGAGUGGUUGGGUCAAUCAUGUCGGGACCAGUUUAGAGUUGGGUUUCUUGUUGAUGAAGGUUCUCGAUGCAAUAGUAAUGGACUGCAGCCUCUAUGCAGUAGUCGUAGUCUCUGGCUUAUCCUUUUUCGGGAAGUUCCUCUAGUUGAUUUGAUUGCUUUGAUCUUAAGUUUAGCUGGCCCGAUUUUCCCUCGAGGAUACAUAGACUUGUGAGGUUCGGGUUCUCUGCACCAAACUAUCAUCUAGGUCAUUGAACUUACUCGAUGAGUUCAUUUCUUUUUUGUACUCCACUUUUGGUCUUGACAAUGUAUUGAAUAUGUCUUCUGUA